AUUUUAUGAAUUAUUCAUAAGUGGGCGUGUGCGUAUACAUUGUCGAAUCUGGGACAGUGGUACAAGUCCACGCAACGACCCAUCUGAUUAUAGGAAUGGCGGCGACAGAGUCAAGUCUAUGUCCGAGUCCAAUAGCAGUGGCAGAUACUGUUGUACCUGCCUGUAUGUUUGCUCCAGACCGGGGCAGCGAUGAUGACCCAUCUGGGGGGGACUGUUACGAGGACGGAGAGGCUCACAAUGGCGAGUCCGAGGGUCAUUUAGACCUAACUAGCAAGAUGGUUCUGGUCAGUCCAACAGGAGAACAAUAUGAUGUGUUAUUUCGGCAACUCAGGGAGAGGAUGGACGAGGGCUGUGGGGAAACUAUCUACGUGGUGGGAAUGGGCUCAGACGGUGCCGACUAUGGGCUGAACGAGCAGGACAUGGAGGCGUCGGUGGCCACGGUGCAGUCGCUGUGCGAGACGGUGGAGGCUGACAUCAUCCUGCUGCGCGAGCGGGCAGAGACGGGCGGCAACGUGCGCGACUACCUCAUCCGUCGCCGCGUGGGGGACGCCGACUUCCUGGAGGUCAGGGUGGCGGUGGUGGGGAACGUAGACGCCGGGAAGAGCACGUUACUGGGCGUGCUCACCCACGGCGAGCUGGACAACGGCCGCGGCUUCGCCCGCCAGAAGCUCUUCCGCCACAAGCACGAGAUGGAGAGUGGCCGCACGAGCAGCGUGGGCAACGACAUCCUGGGCUUCGACCAGCAUGGACAGGUGGUAAACAAACCAGACAGCCACGGCGGCAGCCUGGACUGGACCAAGAUCUGCGAGCGCUCCUCCAAGGUCAUCACCUUCAUCGACCUGGCGGGCCACGAGAAGUACCUGAAGACCACCGUGUUUGGCAUGACCGGACACCUGCCAGACUUCUGUAUGCUCAUGGUUGGCAGUAAUGCAGGAAUUGUGGGAAUGACGAAAGAGCAUCUGGGCCUGGCUUUGGCAUUAAAUGUCCCUGUGUUUGUUGUGGUCACGAAAAUAGACAUGUGCCCCGCCAAUAUUUUACAAGAAACCCUGAAAUUGCUGCAGAGGUUACUCAAGUCUCCGGGCUGCCGGAAAAUCCCUGUGUUGGUGCAGAACAAAGAUGACGUUAUAGUCACCGCCUCCAACUUCAGCUCGGAGAGGAUGUGCCCCAUAUUCCAGAUCUCCAACGUGACCGGAGAGAACAUGGAGCUGCUCAAGAUGUUCCUCAACCUACUGUCGUCCAGAACGACGUUCCGGGACGACGAGCCGGCCGAGUUCCAGAUCGAUGAUACCUACUCAGUACCGGGUGUGGGCACAGUGGUGUCGGGCACUACGUUACGCGGGCUCAUCCGGCUCAACGACACACUGCUGCUGGGGCCCGACCCCCUCGGCUCCUUCAUCCCCAUCGCCGUCAAGUCCAUCCACCGCAAGCGCAUGCCCGUCAAGGAGGUGCGCGGCGGCCAGACGGCCUCCUUCGCCCUCAAGAAGAUCAAGCGCUCGUCCAUCCGCAAGGGCAUGGUCAUGGUGUCGCCCCGCCUCAGCCCGCUGGCAUGCUGGGAGUUUGAGGCCGAGAUCCUGGUGCUGCACCACCCCACCACCAUCUCGCCCCGCUACCAGGCCAUGGUUCACUGUGGCAGCAUCAGGCAGACGGCCACCAUCCUGACCAUGAACAGAGACUGCCUGCGCACCGGGGACAAGGCCCUGGUCCACUUCCGCUUCAUCAAGACCCCGGAGUACCUGCACGUGGAGCAGAGGCUGGUCUUCAGGGAGGGCCGCACCAAGGCCGUGGGCACCAUCUCCAAGUUGCUUCAGUCGGCAAAUAACAUGACGUCCCACUCCAAGCCCCAGCUAUUGAAAAUGCAGUCCAGCAAGAAGACGUUCCUGCGCGAAGACGGAACGACAGUGUCAAACGAGGAAGCGGGGUUACUAGAGGACGGCCAAAGCUCAGCACAGCAACAGCCGCUAGGAGAGGAGGAUUUGCAAAGUAGAGACGGCAACAAAGAGAACAAGCCAAAGCAGGGUGGCGGCGGGCGGCGGCGAGGUGGCCAGAGGCACAGAGGCAAAGGCCUGACCAGCUUGUUGGUGGCGCCCCCUGCUGCAGGAGCAGCAGGAAGCAGCUAAACAGCCCGACUGACAUCUCCUCUGUUUCUCACCAUCCCUCCUCCAACCAGGCCCCCCCCUGCUGUCUUA